AUGAAACCUAUUUUGCUUUUAUUUGGGUGCAUUGCACUUUCUUAUGGACUCCCCACCCUUUCCGAGAAGGGAAGUGAAGAACAAAAUGAACAGCUUGCGCAGGCAUAUAUCAGUCAGUUUUAUGAGCAGAAAGCUGAUUCAAGGCAGCGAGGAUGGAAGAUAAAUAAUUUAUCCUUUGUGGAUAAAAUCAAACAAAUGCAAGACUUUUUUAGAUUGAAUGUAACAGGAAAGGUUGAUGCUGAGACCCUAGAAGUCAUGCAGCAGCCAAGAUGUGGUAUCCCUGAUAUUGGACAGUAUGUCCUGGCUCUUCCUGGAUGGAGAAAAAUGAAGCUUACAUACAGAAUUGCGAAUUACACUCCCGACAUGAGGAGAGCUGAUGUGGAUGCCUCCAUCAAGAAGGCUUUUGAAGUUUGGAGUAAAGUGACUCCUUUGGCUUUUGUCAGGAUUCACAGAGGGAGAGCAGACAUCGUGAUUGAGUUUGCAACAAGAGUGCAUGGCCGCUGUCCACGGCAAUUUGAUGGACCCCUAGGUGUCCUCGGGCACGCUUUCCCUCCUGGUCAUUACUUCCGUGGAAAUGUCCAUUUUGAUGAGGAUGAAACUUGGGUAGCCAAUUUGUAUGAGCAAAGAAGAUCUAGAAAUUACCCUGUUGUUCCAGCAGAAGAUGUCAGGACUCCUGUUUUGAAAAAAGUCCCAAAGCUGAAAACUUCUGCUGUUCCUCUCCCUUACUCCGCCAUUAAAUUCAACUUAUUCCUUGUUGCUGCACAUGAGAUUGGGCAUGUACUUGGCCUCGCACAUUCUAAUGAUCCAAGAGCACUGAUGUUCCCCAAUUAUAAACCCAUUGACCCUGAUGAUUCUCCACUUUCUGAAGAUGAUAUUAAUGCCAUCCAGGCCAUCUAUGGACCAUCACAAAACCCUUCAAAUGAACCAGUGAAGCCAACAUUACCAAAAGCUUGUGAUCCUAAGCUAAAUUUUGAUGCCAUCACUACCUUCCGAAGAGAAGUGAUAUUUUUUAAGGGAAGGCACAUCUGGAGAGUGUAUCCAACUAGGUCUGAAGUGGACAUGGAACCAAUUUCUACUUUGUCGCCUCUCCUGCCAUCUGGAAUCCAGGCAGCUUAUGAAAAUAUGAACGAUCAGGUUUUUUCCUUUAAAGGUCCUCAUUAUUGGACAACACAGGGUUUCCACAUGCAGGGUCCUCCUCGGUCUAUCGCAGAUUUUGGAUUUUCUAGAAAUGUGCCAUACAUAGAUGCAGCUGUCUACCUGAAAGAUGAAAAGAAGACCCUCUUCUUUGUAGAAGAUGAAUUUUACAGCUAUGAUGAAACAAAACGAAAGAUGGACAAAGACUCCCCAAAGACCAUUGAGGAUGAAUUUUCAGGAAUUAAUGGUCGAAUAGAUGCUGCUGUAGAAGUUAAUGGCUUCAUUUACUUCUUUUCAGGCCCCAAAGCCUAUAAAUAUGACAGAGAAAAGGAAGAUGUGGUUAACGUUGUGAAAUCCAGCUCUUGGGUGGGCUGCUGA